CUUUUUGUCAUUGGUGUCUGUGGAUCUGCUUGUUGCCAUCAUAAGAUCACACAUACUGUCGCCGUAGUGGAACGAUUUGUUAAAAAUGGAUAUUUUAGGAGACGAUGAAGCACUUGAGCUGAAAUACAAACGUUGCGGCCGCUUGGACAUGAGCCACGGCUUCCUGCACCAUAUCCGGAGGAACCAAAUUGCUAGAGAUGACUAUGAUAAAGAGGUGAAGCAAGCCAAAGACGUAAAGCAAGCCAAAGAGCUUCAGCGGCGGAGGAACACCACGACCCCUAGACGACCACGGCGGCCUGAUAUCCAAGUGUACCAUCCUCGAUGCAGGCAUGGAUCAGACCCGGGGGCCGGUGCUGAGGCUGAAGAGUCUAAUGAGAGUGGGUCAAGCACAGAGACCGAGACAGAGACCCAUGGUGCUGAACUCUUCUGGCUCGACUACCAGGCGGACUCCGGUGCAAUCAGCUCUUUUCUGGUGCACAAGGAGGAUAACCCUGAGAAGGUGGUGGAUCGUGUUGCAGAGAAGAACAUCCUGGAUUCAGCCAUGAAGGCAGCUCUAGAAGCUCGAAUUCGGAAGGAAAUCGAUGAAAGAGACAGCAAACGUUGAGUGAUAUUCUCAAGCAGUUGACCAUGAUGACAGGGACAUUUGGCAAAGAGGAGCUAUACUUCAUUUGCAGUUCUGAACCUCUACACAGCAGAAACGCUGCUGUCAGUAUUGGGAACACAAUGAGGACUUUAGGAUCAGGUACAGUGACUAUCAGCAGAGGUCCAACUUUAUGACCGCUAACUAAUGUUUUUUAAGGAGAAGGAAUAGCACUUCUCAAAGAAGGUAGGAUCGGGAGUUAACUGUAUUUACAUUUGUUCAAACCUUGUUUCGUUACCUCACACCCACAUUCAUAGGUUUAAGGACACAUUUUCUACACCUUCAAGUCGAUUGGACUUUGUUGCUUUCUAACAGUUAAAUUCAGAAAAUGAGUGAGGACAGAGAGCACUGUUAACUUCUCUCUGUUAAACACCUCCUGUGUUGCUUUUGUUUACAAAGACCUUGUUUUUAUAAAGAGAUGAAUACUUUUGUAAGCUAUACUGCUGGGAACAGAACAUCGGUCUCAGUGAUUCAAUGGAUAGAAAUGUGAGAACACAGUUUUGUUUGCGUUUUGUUUGUGUUUAUGUGGCAACUGUGUUUCAUUUUUUGAAGUAUUCUAAUUUAUUUUAGAUUUUGAAAAUGUUUAUUUUUGAUACUAAAUAUAUUUUGAUGAUUCUUUAUGUACAAAAUGAAUGUCACCUACAUGUAUAUAAAAUACAUUUAUUACUUUCCAAUUGUGUCUGGAUGUGGACUUGUUGACUUGAACAGCCAUAAAAGUUGGUUGUUAGUGUCUCGAUGUGUUGUAAAAACUCUCAAUUGUUGGUAAUUUGACAUUUAUCACUUCUAUUCUGAAAUAUACAUACUGUAUAGUAUUGGGAAUACAACAAAAUACUAUAUAGAAUAGUUGGCUGACAGUGUUUCACACCAUGUCCCCAGCAGGUGGCAGUAUGAAUCAGCAUUGCAGGACUAUUUGCUGUGUCUCAACUUUUCUUUUAAUCGCUUGUCAAUUUUAACGGUAUAAAUUAACUGCAGAACUAAUUCUUGGAAAUCUAUUUUGAUAUCAGCUAUCAAAAUUAAAAUAUCAUUGCUUUACCUUCAACCUAGUGGAGUGCUUUUUGUUUAAAACCUGUUUUCCAUGCAGGUGCAAACCAGCAAGUUAGAACCAGCCAGGGGUGUGAAUUGGUGAAAAAGACAAGCCUUUCAUCUACAACAAAAGGGAUUCACUGACAGAACUACCUGGGGACACAGAGAUUAAAAAACAAUUUCUUUAAAAUGACAGGAAUCCCCAUUAAAACAUAGCUACCAGCAGUUGUGCCUGAGGUAAAUGUCAUGCUGUCUCAUCAGAUUUGGCUGACAUACAGGGGGAAACACGAAGUUCCGCCACCAUCGCACGCUAUGGUAAAAAGUUGACAAAUGGUUAGACAAGCUGUCGAUCCACUGUAGAGUAGGGGAUUAAAUAAUUGUUUUCAUGAAUGGAUAAAAAUAUGCAAACCUCACCCCAUGACCACAUG